AUGAAAAGGUCACGAGCGGCGAAGGGGAAUCCCGUGGGGUACGCGAAGCGCCUGGAGAAGGGCCACUACAAGGGACGAUGCGGGGCUGCCGAGUCGGAGAUGCCGCACGCGAAGGUGCAAGCGGAAGCCAAGAGGCUCGCGAGCCUGCUGAGGGCUGCGCCCAUCGCGGUGGCUCACACCGGGGCAGGCUUGUCUACCGCUGCGGGCAUCCCGGACUUCAGGGGUAAAGACGGGGUCUGGACCUUGGAGAACCAAGGGCAGCCUUUACCGGACUACGAGAAGUGCUGGGACAACGCCAUGCCCACCCUCGGGCACAUGGCGCUGGUGGGGCUAGUGAACGAGGGCUUCGUGCACGCGGUGAUCAGCCAAAACGUCGACGGGCUGCAUCUACGCUCCGGUAUCCCGCGUGAGAAGCUGUGCGAGCUGCACGGCAACCUCUUCAUGGAGAUUUGUUCGGGCUGCGGGAAGGAGUUUCGGCGCACGGCGGACGUUGGGGGUGUGGGCUUUAAGCCAACAGGUCGACGAUGCCGUGAGUGUGGAGAAGGGCUGGUUGACGCACUCCUUGACUGGGAGGACGAGCUGAGAGACUACGAACAGGCUGUGGACCUCUCCGAAAGGUGCCGCGAAACCGGGGGUGUUAGCCUCUGCCUGGGGACUUCUCUGCAGAUCUCCCCGUCCAAAGACCUCCCCGCCAAGGCCGACAAGAUGGUCAUCGUCAACCUCCAGAAGACUUGUAAGGAUGCGCGAGCUGCGAUCGUCAUCCGCGCCAAGAUCGACGCGGUCAUGCGCUGCGUCAUGCAGGAGCUGGGCGUCCCGAUCCCGGUUUAUCGGCGGACAGAGACCCUAGUGGUGAGCCACACGUCCAGCAUCACCGGCGCCAACGGGGACCGGUGGAAGUGGGCCAUAGCCGUCGGGGACUCCGCGGAUGGGGCGCGAUGCGGCUACAUCGAUAGGAUGGCCGUGAAGUUUCCUGAGACGGAGCUCUCAGAUGCUGUCGUUACGGGCCCCACGUUUCGUGUGGCCAAGACUACGAAGUGCCGCCGACUUCCCUUGGGCACGGGGGUGGUGAGAUGGAAGGAGAAAAUCGAGGCCGGCGGCGGGAGUAGCGAUGGCAUCAUCGGCCGUGCCGGAGAAGAAGUGGAGAAACGCCCGCUGGAAAGCGAAGGAAGUCACGUAGAGGGCGGUGCUGGUGUCGGCGAAGGCGUUGGUAGUAAUAGCGUUGUUGUUGGCAGCGGCGGCGGUGAGUAUAUCAGAGCGGUUCUUACGCUUUCGUUUGUGGCCGCGCCGGGGCACGCGGCCCCCGGGCCGCAGACGGUCGAAUACCGCGUGGACUUGUCCGCCAGCGAAAGCUCGCAAAAAGUGUCGGUGUUGUUGGGCGAGGUGGACUACAACGGCAGUGCUUGA